UAUUAGUGUUUAUCAGUGGCAACGAUAUUGCUUAAGAAAUGAAGAGAUCGUUCAUGAUUUCAUUUCUGAGCUGAGAUUUUUGCUGUUAUAAUUCAGUUGUGCAAACUGUAAGAAGAUUGCAAAAGCUACUAAAUAGUUGCUUGUAGAUUGCCUAUUCCCUAUUUGGUGGAAUUUUAAUUAUGAUGAAUUCUUACUUUCAUUGAAAUUUAAAAUUGCUAUGUGAGAAAUUAUAAGAUUGUCACCAUUCCAAGUGACCUUGUGCCACUGGUGCCUUCUUUUUGUUCCUGCCUUUUGAAAUCAUUCAGAAAUACAGUACUUGGAACUUCUAAUUAAAUGGAGAACUUUAAAUAUUUACAUUCAUUGUUGAUUUGUGAACUGAAAUUUUUCUUAUAUUCUCUAUUCACAAGAGAUGACACACUAUUGCAAAUGUUUCGUUGAAUGUCUCCAAGGAAUUCUGCAUCAGUAGACUCAAACUUAGGAUAUCAUUCUGCUUUACAAAUGCAAGUCUCUAAUCUUCCAGUGGCACAAAGUGCUGGUGAACAAAGCACCUCUGGUGAACAAAAUGCUGCGUCCUGUCCUGGGGGGAAUGUCAAUGUUGCAACAUCAGCUGCAGCAGCUAAUGCUGUUGCAGCUGCACCUCCUCCUCAGUCAGCAGAUCAAGAAAAGAGGAAGUUGAUCCAGUUACAGCUAGUUCUUCUUUUACAUGCUUAUAAAUGUCGAAGUAAUGAGAAUCAGGCAGGUGGAGAAGCUAAGCAGUGUGGAUUACCCAAUUGUUCAACGAUGAAGCAUGUAUUAAGUCAUAUGACUACAUGUCAAGCUGGAAAAUCUUGUACUGUACCUCAUUGUGCUUCUUCUAGUCAGAUAAUUUCACACUGGAAAAAUUGCACUCAAAGUGACUGCCCUGUUUGCGUGCCUUUGAAGCAAGCAGCUGGUCGCAGGCAGCAGCAAGUAUCUUCUGUCCAAACAAGUCAGCCAAAUCAAGGUCCUGCUCCAGCAGAUAUGCAGAGAGCCUAUGCUGCUCUUGGACUUCCAUUUAAUGCUGCAAAUGAUGGUCUUAAUCUGAAUUCAAUGGUACAGAGGAGUCAAACAGUGACUGGACCACAUAUGACUGACCAAGUAGCACAUUGCUCCUCGCAAAAUUUAAAUCAUAUUCGAACCUUGCAACCAGGCCAGCAAAGCAUCCAACAAUCGGCGUUGCAAAUGAGACCAAUGUUGCAGAAUAAUACUGCUCCUUCUUUCUCAAAUUCAAAUGCACAAAAUUUUUUAACAAACGAUAACUUUCAGGCUAAAGUAAAUGCCGCAAAUUCUACUUUGCUGAAUUCACAGAAUCAGAUAAAUCAGCUUCCUGGCAUGAUCCCUGACAAUACUAUACCUGUGAAAGACUGGCAUCAGUCUGUUGCUCCAGACUUAAGGCAACACUUGGUGCAAAAGAUAGUUCAGACCAUAUUUCCGACGGUUGAUAUAAGCACACUGAGAGAUGCUCGAAUGAUUAAUUUAGUUGCAUAUGCAGAGAAAGUUGAAAGUGACAUGUAUAAAGCUGCAAAUAGCAGAGAAGAGUAUUAUCAAUUACUAGCUGAAAAAAUAUAUAAAAUACAAAAGGAAUUAGAAGAAAAGCGUCAGAAAGAAAAAGAAAAUCAGCAGUUACAGCAGCAAGAAGUAGGAUCUACUUUAGAGCCUAUGCUUAGCAAUAAUACUGGAACUGCAAGUCCAAAACCUUCUGUUGUAGGUACUACAUCACAGUCUCACUUGCCUGGGCCCAGUAAUUGUGAAAGCCAGCAAAGAAUGCCCCCUCCGAAUAUCACUGUUUCUUCAAAUCUUGGAGCUAGAACUUCAGAUCUUUUUUCUAGAUCUCAGCUAUCAAAUUCUGUGAAUACCAACAUAAAUAUAGCUUUUAAUCAAGCACAGAUUAGACAAGGCUCAUUGCCAUCUGUAAAUUUGCAGCAACAACAGCAUUUCUCUAAUCUUAAUGCUGUAACAUCUAUAGCAGUUCCAUCAGGAGAUAAUUCUUCAAUUACAACUACUUUGUCUGGAGUUCCUGUAUCACAGUUUAAUUCACUCCAAAAGUCCCAUCAACAAUUGACGACUUCAUCUUUGCAACAGAACCAGCUCCAGCUGACAAAUUCAUCAUUGCAACAAAAUCAAUUGCAAUUAAAUAAUAAUUCUCUGAGCCAAAAUCAUUUACAAUUAAGUAAUUCUCCAUUGCAACAGAAUCAUAUGCAGAUGACAAAUUCUUCUUUAUCUCAAAAUCAAAUUCAAAUGGUUAAUUCUUCCAUGCAGCAGAAUCAUAUACAAAUGACAAAUUCUACAUUGCAACAGAAUCAUUUACAGAUGUCUAAUUCUUCAUUACAGCAAAAUCAUCCACAAAUGGUGAAUUCAUCUCUUCAGCAAAAUCACCCUCAAAUGUCAUAUGCUUUUAAAGCUCGUCAAAUGAUGCCUCAGCAAGCAUCUAGAUUACUUGGACCAGCCAAUCAAGACCAACUUAUGAUGUCACAGAAUUUAAAAGCUCAAAUUCACUUGUUAAAUCAGAAUCAACAACAAACGCAGAUUCAAUCUUCGUCGCAACAGCAGAUGCAUCUAAAUCAGUUGACACCAACAUCACAAUCUGAUCUUUCACCUCAAAUGACUGCACAGUUUCAUGAGAAUCAAAAUCUACAAUCAUCAACUCCUCAAUCACAAGGAAGUCUCGAGUUUCAACCACCUUCCAUACCACAACCACCCAGACCUGGAUCGGUUCCUGGACCUUCACCUCAGACUCCCUCUAAUUCUCAACUUCCAACUUCACAAGCUGAUCAACAGUUUCAGCAACAAGUACACUCUAAUCUUAUGAUUUCACAGCAACCUUCAGUGAAAGUUGAUGAAAAUGUUGAGGAAUUUCAAUCCCAAGUUUCUGUUUCACAGCCACUUAUUGAAGAUCAGUCCAGCAUUAAUAAUAUUGCCUCGAACACACCUGUAUCCUCAACUACAGAGCAUGAACCAGGUCAAACAGGGAUAAAGAAUUUUAAUUAUGAAUCUCAUGCACCUACAGGAAUUGAUAGUAUUGAUGAAAAAAUGGAUGCAGAAUGUAAUAAUGUCAGUGAAACUGGGAAGCCAGCUGCUAUGGAAGGAAAACAUAUGAAAACUGAGAUCAAAGAAGAAACUGUUGAAUCGAUGGAUUCAAGUGAAAAUAUGAAUUCUUUUUCAAAAGAUUCUGUGACAGUGAAGCAAGAACCAGAAUCUGUGAAACAAGAACCAGAAGUUGUAAAAACAGAAGCAAGUUCUUCAGAGUCAAUAUCAAAACCCACCGAAAAUACAGAAGUUAAAACUGAAGUAGCAAAUGCAUCCUUGCAAUCUACCUUAAAACACAGUCCAAAUAAAAAGAUAUUCAAACCAGAUGAGUUACGUCAAGCACUGAUGCCAACUUUAGAAAAUCUGUAUAAGCAAGAUCCCGAAUCACUUCCAUUUCGACAGCCGGUUGAUCCACAAUUGCUUGGAAUACCUGAUUAUUUUGAUAUUAUUAAAAAACCUAUUGAUUUAUCAACCAUCAAAAGAAAGCUUGAUACUGGAGAAUAUCGGGAUCCUUGGGAGUACAUAGAUGAUGUUAACUUGAUGUUUAGCAAUGCCUGGUUGUAUAAUCGUAAGACUUCCAGAGUUUAUAAACACUGCACAAAAUUAGCCGAGGUCUUUGAGCAAGAUAUAGAUCCUGUAAUGCAAUCUCUCGGUUACUGUUGUGGACGAAAAUAUGUAUUUCAACCUCAGAUAUUGUGCUGUUAUGGAAAACAGCUGUGUACUAUACCUAGAGAUGCGAAGUAUUGGAGCUAUCAAAAUCGCUACACAUAUUGUCAGAAAUGUUUUGCUGAAAUUUCUGGUGAUACAGUGACUCUUGAAGAAGAUCCUAGCCAACCGCCUAUUACAAUUAAAAAGGAUCAAUUUGUGGAAAUGAAAAACAAUCACUUAGAUUUAGAGCCUUUUAUUCAUUGUAAUGAUUGUGGAAGAAAAUUGCAUCAGAUAUGUGUGCUUCAUUUUGAAACUAUUUGGCCUGAAGGAUUUACUUGUGAUAACUGUUUGAAAAGCAAAGGCAAGAAAAGAAAAGAAAACAAAUUUACUUCAAAGCGAUUGCCUCAAACAAAAUUAGGACAGUACAUUGAAAGUCGUGUGAACAACUUUCUAAAACGAAGAGAUAGUGGAGCUGGUGAUGUUACAAUUCGGGUUGUAGCAAGUUCUGAAAAGUAUUCUGAAGUAAAACCUGAAAUGAAAGCAAGAUUUGUUGAAAGUGGAGAAUUGCCAGAACGUUUUCCUUAUAGAGCCAAAGCUCUUUUUGCCUUUGAAGAAAUUGAUGGAGUUGAUACAUGCUUUUUUGGCAUGCAUGUACAAGAAUAUGGUUCUGACUGCGCUCCACCUAAUUCACGACGUGUUUACAUUGCUUAUUUAGACAGUGUUCACUUCUUUCAGCCAAGGCAUUUGCGAACUCCUGUUUAUCAUGAAAUUCUCCUUAGUUAUUUAGAUUAUGUUAAACAACUUGGAUAUACGAUGGCUCAUAUAUGGGCUUGUCCACCAAGUGAAGGAGAUGAUUAUAUUUUUCAUUGCCAUCCUCCUGACCAAAAAAUUCCAAAGCCCAAACGAUUACAAGACUGGUACAAAAAGAUGCUUGACAAAGGUAUUGUGGAUAGAGUAAUUAUGGAUUAUAAAGAUAUUCUUAAGCAAGCUACUGAGGACAAUCUUACAAGUGCUGCUGAAUUGCCUUAUUUUGAUGAUGAUUUUUGGCCGAAUGUCCUUGAAGAUAGUAUUAAAGAGUUAGAGCAAGAAGAUGAAGAGAAAAGGAAAGCAGAAGCCUCUGCUGCUGAAGCAGCUGCUCGUGUUAAUGCAGGUACCUCUGAUGUUAAUGAGAGUGAAGAUGAUGGGGCAAAUGGUAAGAAAAAAGGUCAGAAAAGUGGCCGUAACAAAAAAGCCAGUAAAAAUAAAAAUAACCAAAAAAAGAAUAAGAAAUCUAAUUACCCAUAUGCUGGGAAUGAUUUAACAGCAAAGAUUAUAUCUAUGAUGGAAAAACAUAAAGAAGUUUUCUUUGUUAUCCGAUUGCAAUCUGUUAAAACAGCUUUGCCUCCUGUUGUUGAUCCAGAUCCAUUUAUUGCUUGUGAAUUGAUGGAUGGGCGCGAUACAUUUCUUACAAUGGCUAGAGAGAAGCAUUAUGAAUUUUCUUCAUUACGACGAGCAAAGUUUUCUACUAUGGCAAUGUUAUAUCAGUUACACAACCAAGGACAAGAUCAAUUUGUGUACACAUGCAACAACUGUAAGACUAAUGUUGAAACACGUUAUCAUUGCACUGUCUGUGAUGAUUUUGAUUUGUGUCUUAAAUGUUACAACAAAGAUGGUCAUCAUCACAAGAUGCAGCGAUUAGGCUUUGAAUUGAGUGAUGAUUCUUCACAGGGAGAUCAGAAACAAGUUAACCCACAAGAAUCAAGAAGGUUGGCAAUCCAGCGUUGCAUCCAAUCACUUGAACAUGCUUGUCAGUGCAGAGAUGCCAACUGUCGUCUACCUAGUUGCCAGAAAAUGAAGAGAAUUGUUUUGCAUGCUAAAAGUUGUUCUAGGAAAGGUACCAAUACUUGUGCAAUUUGUAAGCAACUUAUUGCUUUAAACUAUUAUCAUGCAAAAUCUUGUCAGGAAGCUAAAUGUCCUGUACCAUUCUGUGUAAAUAUAAAAUACAAAUUCAAGCAACAGAGAUUAAAUCAAGCCCAGAUUCUUAAACGUCGUAUUGCAACAAUGCAGAAUAGAGGAAUGACUGAAACUGUGAAGCAGGCAAGUCCCGGCAAUGCAAGUUUAACAAGCCAGCCAUCACCAGAUCCUAAACCUCAAGCUUCACCUCAUUUGCCUCAACCAGGAAUAGGUAUGAAACCAGCAGCAUGUCCACCUGUUGCUGCUUUGCAGGCUGUUCAACAAGUACAAGCUGCAGCUGCAAGACAAACAGUACCACAUAUGGUUGCAAAUGUAAGACAGGCUGUACCUCACAUGGUUGGAGGUUCUGUUAAUUAUGGGAAUAAUAAUCCAGUUACAAAUCAUCUUGUAACUAAUCCCACUUUAAUACGAGCACCUCAACAGAUGCAGAAGCCCGUAAACCAGAUGCUGCCUGGAGUGUCCAACCGUAUGCAAGGAAUGAGAAGCAUGGGUAGCUGGGACAGUACUAACUUUAAUCAGACUCUUCAGCCACAGGGCCCACAAGCUGUUCAAUCUAUGGGCUUACGACAGCAGUCGCAACUUGUGGGCACUCCUAAUAUGCCUAAUAAUCCUAGAAGCUCUGUUGGAUUACCACAGAUGUUAGCUAAUACAGGAUCACCCCAAUCAACGCAAGCCACUCUGAAUAAUUUGCUUGCAACCUUUAAGUCCUCGAAUUUUUCAUCUCAUCAUAAGCAACAUGUGUUGGCAUUGUUAAAAUCUAAUCCACAACUUAUGGCUGCGUUCAUAAAGCAAAGAACUCAGCAGCAACAGCAGAUGAAUGAACAACGAAAUAUGUUGGGCCAACAACCUCAACAGCAGCAACAACAACAACCUCAGCAACAACAAGGUCCACCUGGUCAACCUCGUGCUUGGCCCCAGCAGACUCAGCGUCAACAGCUAACACCUCAGCAGCAGCAGCAGCAUUUGUUAGCUAUGCAAAGGCAACAAUUGCAACAACAGCAGCAGCAACAACAACAACAGCAGCAGCAGCAAACCAAUCAGUUUCCACAGCCACCUGUGUACACGCAACGUCCACGCAUGCCAAUGCAGACAAAUUAUGGUCAUCAGCAAGGGUUUCAACAAAAUGAUGCAUCUCAGUUCCAGUUCCAACAACAGCGACAACUUCUAAUGCAGCCUCAAAUCAAACAAAUGACUUCACCUACUCAUCCACCUGUUAGUCCACAGCAAGGUAUAUAUGGUUUAUCACAAAGUUCUAUACCAUCUCCAUCUCAGCAGCAGUUACUACAGACUGUGAGAUCUCCAUCACCAACAACUGCACAAUUAGCUCAAGCUCUGUGUUCACCUCAGUCUACAGCAUCUCCUCGAACUCAGGCCACAACCCUUCAAAAUCAGCCCAUACCUUCUCCUAGACAGCAGCAAGCUGCUUCUCCAAUUUAUCCUGCACAGACUCAGUCACCUCAUUUAGGACUGUCCAUUGGGACAUCGAGGCUUACUGGACCUGAUCAAAUUAGCACGCGGAAUGACAUGAUGCUUACACAUCUAACAAAUCCUGUGUCUUCUCAUCCUAACAUAGCCAGUCAGCUGCAGAAUCCAAUUAAUCAAGACUUAGGACCUUCAUCUAGAGACAAUCUGGACUUGGACCAUCUGACACGGGAAGAGCAGCUCAACAGAUAUGUUGAAAAUUUAUAACCAAAACAUUUUGCUAAGAUAUUUUCUUGACGUCAGAUUUUCUAUUAUUGUACUUUUGUAAUUGACUUCCAUGUGUUACUACUAGAGAAGAUAUGACAAACAAUUGCAAAGCAAAUACAUUUUUUUCAUACUACAAAUGUGUAAAUAAUUAUCUAGAGACAUUGUGGAACAUGUUUUACUUUACAUAGAUAUAAAGACAUUUAUCAUUAUCUGUUGUAUGUACGGGACAUAUUUGGUGAACCGGCUGUUUCCUAUCAUGAAUUUUUUUGUUAAUUGUUCCGAAUGAUCUCACAUGAUCUUUAGAUAUAUAAAGUAUUGAUUAUCUCCUUAUUUGUUUCUUGUACAGUCAUUAUUGCUACAAUAAUCUAUGUAGUCUGUACAUCCUCAUAUCAUUUACUUUGAAAUCGGAGACCAGAUUCACUCAAUAAGAGAAAUACUUGCUUCAUUGUUAAACAGAAGUUAAAUAUUUCUACUUUUGUAUAUAUGAAAAGGGAUGGAAUGAACUGCAAUGAUAUAUGAAGAGAUCUUUAUUUGUGAAAAUGUGUCUCACACAUAUAUACAUUAUAUUAUUCUGAUGACAUUCCAAGAAAAGUCAAUUUGAAACUCUUUUUGUUAGAAAACUUUAAAAAUUUUCUUUACAAAUUUACAAGUGCUUAGAAUAACUGAUGCUAGAAUGAUCGAUGCUUAAAAAUGUACUAUGUUUAAAAAAAAAUUAUAUUUUGUACUUGGUCAUGUUAAAAUCAGUUAGCUCAUUUAUUUACUGUAAAUUGUUUAUAUAUAUACUUAAGUAUAUUAUCAAUCUAGCAUAUAUAAAUGCUAUUUUGAAUCUUGAGAGCAAUAAAUAAUAAAAAGUAAAUAUUGCUUUCUAAUUUUUGUAAAUAAUAUAAAUACUCGAUUAUUAAGACUACAGUUUUGUGAAAGAUUAGUUACAAGCUUAAAAUUAUUUGAUUUUUGUUGUCUAUGUGUUUUAAAUUUUCUCUCUUCAAAGUUAAAUACUAUCCUAUAUUUAUAAUAUAACUCAUAAAUUAGAUAAUUUAAAUGUAUUAAGUAAUAUUAAUUCCCAGCUAUUUUGUUACAUAAGUAUCUUAUUUUUUUUCUCUUCCUGGAAUGAAUUGUAGAGAAAGUAUCAAAGUUUUAUUUAAGCUAAAAAUAAUUGAUAAAUAAUCCACUAUUUAAAAAAAAAAACUGAUAUUUUUUCAUCAGAUAUAUUUAUUUAUAUUCCUAUGUUUUAAGUAUUUUAUGACAUUUUGAUUUUUUUUUCUCUCCUCUUUUUGAAUGACAAAGCAUUGUUUUGCUGUAGUUGUUAAUAAAAUGUUUGGCAUGAAUUAAUCUUUUCUUUUCUUUUUCUUUUUGGUAAAAAAAAGAAAGAAAAUGAAUAAUUUUGAAACAAGUGCCUCAUAUCUCUGCAUUCUAAUUCUAAUUUGCAAAUGUAUUAGGAAAUUUGUAUAACAUUAUUUUUCAGGCAAACUGAACAGUUCAUUCCUCUAAAAAAGAAAGUAAUAAAAAUUUCAGUCUUGUAAAUGCUAAAAAAAAAAAAAAAAAAA